ACGGUAACAGACAGACUCGACCUGCUGCUCAAGUGUCAUCUUUACCACGACAACUACGGCUCGGAUCACCGGGCUACCUUCUCAGAAUGGAUUCUAGACACUAAGCGUAACACCAAUGCUAAGCCAAGGAAAGCCUUCGACCGAGUGGACUGGGAGAAGAUUGGAAUGGAGGUGCUGAGCCUUAUGGGAAAACAAGGGGAGCUACAUUCAGCCGAGGCGUUGGAUGCAACAGUGGAAAAGCUCACCACUACGAAGGCAAGCGCGGUCGAAAAGCAUACACCCGAUCUACGACCUUCCCCGUACGCCAAACAAUGUUUCACCGCCGACCUCAAGAGCUACCAAAACGAAGUCUGA